CUUGGGCGGGACCUGUGGUGCUCCAAGGGUAGUAGGGAAAGAAAGCUCCAGACCCAGGCUCUGAGGGAGGAUUUAGGGUUUGCAUGUGGCCCCGCCCAGAGAGGGCUCUCUGUGUACCAGGGGGAGCUCUGGGCCUCUGUGGGACAGUCCAGGGGCUCAGGGAGAAGAGGGAUGAGGCCACCCAAGCUGGCCCCCAAGGGCUCCAGCGAUCUUCCCAGCCCAUCUCCAGGGCAGACUGAGCUCUGGGACCUGCAGAAGCCCCACUUUCCGGGCUGUGUUGAAUUAAAUAUUUCCUUGGUAACUGGGUCAGGGUUUCUUAUCCAAGCUUUGAGUCUCUGCUCCCUGUGCCCAUGGAUGCCUGUGUAUACCAGAGGGGUGGAGAGGUUCUUUAACUGGAGGAGGUGGUGCUAGGUGGCCUUGGGAGAGCGCUUGCCUCCUCGGGAUCUCAGUUUCCUCAUCCCUAAAAUGGGAGAGCAGAGACUCCUUCUUGCGAAAGCCUGGAGGCAUGUUUCAAAUAUCCCAUGAAUAGCUGGCAGAAUUCCACAGGGAGGAAGGAAAUCUUGUUCUGAGGCCCAAGCCUGUGCUUGGGUGGGAAGUGGAGGGAGGAGAGCCUUGGGGGCCAGGAGAGGUGGUGGGGAGGGGCUUGAGAAUAGGCCAGAAAGUCCGGGGCCUGGUGACUCAUUGGAAUAGAACAUCCUGUUUCUUUUCUAUUUCCCAGUGGAGUCUCUGUGAGGGCUGAGGGGUAUGAGGGGGAAAGGGAGGCAGAUUCACACUGACAGCCACACUAGAUUUCUGGGUCAGUAGGUAUUGCUGAUUUUAUCUCUGCCGUGUCCUUCAAAUCCUCCUUCCCUCUUGCACUCCCAUGUUUGCCCUAGCUUGUCUCUCCAGCCUGGAUUGCUGCCCCCCUCCAGCCCUGCCCUUUCUGAAGCGUCUGUGCAUGGUCUGAGGGAUCUGCUGAAACCCCUCAUCACCCUGGAGGAGAGUUUGUGUCUCUCGGUUGUUUAUUCAAAGCCACCUGAUCCGGUUCCUACCCCUUGCUUCUUUAGUCCUGUCCAUGCUGCUCCAUCAUUGGCCCCAGGAAAGCACUUCGUACCUUCCCCUCUCUGGGUCUUUUCUCAAGAAGAAGUUGUCACUCCCUCCCAUAGGCUUCCAGUUUGCUUUUCGUAUUUAUUUUUCUAGUUCUGUUGGAAUACGAUCACAUUUUCUUCCUCUCCCAAGAUUUAUGGCAGGAUUCAGGGGGCCCCUGCCCUCCUGGAUCUGAGAAACGUUGAGGGCUCCCAGCCCCCAGUGCAGAACCAGCCAACACAACAGAUGCUCAGGAAAAACUCUCAGAACAUUGUGCUCUCUGGAAAAGUAAAUAUGAUUGGAAUAACCACUGCCAAAAACUUGGGGCUUGUAGGGACACCAAGUAUAGCAGUAGGGCCCUGAGAGGAUUAAGCCUCUGAGCUUCUGGGGUCUUGCUGAGGGAGCUUGGGUUCCCACUCCAUCCCCGGUGUUGGGGGGUUAGAGAAGGGGGAAACAUUUAACAGAAGGAUAUGUGUGGCCUGCUGGCUUGAACAUCCCCUCUCCCUCAUCUCUCUGUGGAUCCCCAAGACUCAUAUGGCCUGCCUUUCCUCAGUGUGGCCUGGAGUCUCUGGGAGAGCUCUCUCCUUUCUAUUCUUGGAUGUCUGUCAUCAUCUUUGCCCUUGUUAAUCUAAGGGAAAGCGUGGGAUGUGGUCUAUUUCUGAUCAGUUGCUGAUGGUGUAUAUGGGUGUGUAUCUAAGUGAUUGUUAUAGUUAUCUUGGGGAGUCCUUUGGCAUCUGGGGUCCACGGGCAGUGGCUGUAUGUCACAGGAUGACAAUAGUCGCAAGAAGAAGAGAAUAUACCCAGAAAAAAACCCUUAGUACGAACAUCUCUGAGCUGUGGGCAAACACAUAUGGCUGUCUUGAUCUUUCCAGCUUGCCUGACUCUGCUGCUGCCACUUGUCACAGGACACAAGGCUGUGGGGGGAUGGACGGAACAGGCACUAUGGUGAAGGCAUCUACACUUCGUCCUUCUUUAUGAGAUUGCUGUUUUUGCCCUGGGCUUGAGGCGCCGUGUUGGUUAUUCUACAUGGCAGACUGCCUGUGUGAGGUGAAACCCCGAGAGGCCUUCAGAGCAGACCGCGCCUGUCCUCACAACACAAGCCAGGUCCCUCUCACUGUGCCACCAGCCUCCAUUCAAAUACUGAAUGCCUGUUGUGAGAACAGACCAGAAGGCCUGUUUUACUGAUGAAUCAAGGAAGGGCCCCCAAAUCUCAGAAUCAGAUAAGGAAACCCAUAGAAGGCGGAAGAGAAGAGGGCUGAGCAAUUGCCCUUUAUUCCAGUUUAAAACUGCUGAAAAGCAUACAUCUAUGGCCUCCCACUUUUCUGCAUCCACAAAGAACAGGCAAACCAGAAGUCAGAGAACAAAUAACUCAGCUUGAAACCCGAUUCCUCUGGUGCCUUUUACUUCCUGAAUUGGUGAAUUGCUUUUGGUAAUUCAGUCUGAAACCACACACCACAGAUUGGUUCAUGUUUCCUUCUUUGCUCUGGUUGCCCCAGUUAAUAGCAACAAUUCGAGGUGUCCAGCUUCCUGCCACGGGCCCAGCUUGCCCAGCACUGCUCACACAGAGGAAGAGCCCUGAGCGCUUCCUGGAAAAAGGACGAGUGAGAGUUUGACAGGCUUCAUGGAGUCCCAGUAGUCACUCUUUCUGUGCUUAAGCAUCUCCCUAAAACUGGUACUAAAGAAAAUUCACUGGGGCCUUGGACAGCUUGCAAAAGACCCAGGCUGUGUGACCUCAGGCUGGCCCUUUGCCCUCUCUGAGUCUUCGCACUCCGAUCAGUAAAGCCGCAGAAAGAGGUGAUUGCUCCUUCGCCCUGUGGUACCCUGGAAGAGCGCUGAGCUAGGAGGGAAAGGAGGGAAGCCUCCCCUUCAGCCAUUUGGUGCUCUUGUUAUCACUACGACUAAUCAGCAGUAGGCUGCAGGCAGGUGGUUUAACUUCUGAUUAUUUGCAUUUUGUCUGAAAUGUAGACAAUAUCACUUGCCAACGUUGCUGGACCAUUAAAUGAGCUAAUGCCUGGCUGUGUCUGGCACCCGGAAGCAUUGUUUCUCUCUAUCCUAUUCCUCAUAGUUUGGGUAGAGCCUCCUUUCUGGAAGGAGGGUAAGGCAGGGGGUUAGCUGUAGAAGAGCUGUGACUGAGGGAGAGGACGCAGCUCUCCUGGCUGACUCAGCGGCCAGGCCGGACUCACCCUUCACCCGGAAGGGCUGAGCGGAGAACACAACUGCGACUGCGCAGGGCAGGACCGGCGUGGGUGUGCGUGGGGGUGGGGUGAGUGCAGUCACCGAGGGGGCCGGCGGCAGCUGUGCGGGUCCGGGGCCCACACAAUCGGAGGAAGGAAUUCAGUAAGUGCUCACAGCUCGUCAGACAUCCCGGAGCCUUGUCGGAAGCAGGACAAAGGCUGUAGCACCCAGGGAUGAGUGUGACGUGGGGUGGCCCGUGGGGUGGCCCCCGGGUCAGAAGGCCAUGGCACCGCCUACAGCCAGCGCUGUCACUCGGGGAAGCCCGGGGUAAGUGGUCCUAGCACCUGAGUGUGGGCAGCAGGCCGAGUGAGCCUGCGGCGGGGAGGACUGGGGGAGGCCGUGCAGAAGAGGGCUUCUCGGGAACAGGGACUGCGGGGCAAAGGAGCCCGGAUGUUAGUGGUUGGAGCGGGUCAGGUCCUGGGGGGAGCGUAGCCCGCCCUCUCUAAACAGCCCUCUUCCAGUCCCAUGUAGGAAGGGACUGCAGCCCCCGCCGAAGGCCCCAUGGCCCUCAAGGUGACGGUGCAGCCCUCCCACCCCGACCUGGCCCAGGGCUGACGUUGCCCUCCUCCCCACCUGCCUGCCUGCCUCCUGCCUGAGACCAGGAGCUCAGGAGGCGGCAGAUAGGCCUACUCAAGGCCGGGCUCAAGGUUCUUGCAGGGGAGGAGCCCAGGCUCAUCCUGGAGUAUUUUGUCUUUUGUCUGAGCAGACAAACUCUCUUGAAAUGGGUAGGCGGCACUGGAGGGCCGGGUCGGCAAGGUUCUUUCUGAGCAAAGCCUUCCGCUCCCUUUUGCUCAGCCCCUCCAAGUCCGGGGAGUCUUGAGCUCACAUCUUUCAGGAUUAGCUCUUCUUCCAGGACCUGCCACUGGAGUUGACCACGGCUCUUGGGAUCCUGGCCAGAGGCUUAGAGAACAGUAACAGAGACCCACUGAGGUCUGACUGGUGCAAUGCGGAGCGCCCAACGGCCUAGUGGGGCCGUGUUGCAGGGCCUCCGACCGGCAUCUGUCUAGGAGCCCACAAGGAGCGCGGCUGCAAGAGCGGGGUGCCUGCUACCACCCAGAACCCCCUGGUGCGGAUGGGGAGCUAAGACUCUAAGACACACCCCUGGUUGCUCAGCCGGGCAGCUGCUGCGCGGGGCCAUGGAAACAGCAGUGAUUGGAGUGGUGGCGGUGCUGUUUGUGGUCACCGUAGCCAUCACCUGCCUCCUGUGCUGUUUCAGCUGUGACUCGAGGGCCCAGGAUCCUCAGGGGGGCCCUGGCCACAGCUUCACGGUGGCCACGUUUCGCCAGGAGGCUUCUCUCUUCACGGGCCCGGGUCGCCAUGCCCAGCCUGCAGCGGCGGUGGGUGCCCGGGACUUCUGGACCUUCAUGUGAGGCCUCUCAGUUCCUAGGAUUUGUUCUGCCUGUGGGUCAGACCCACUCACCCACUCAUCCACCAGCAAGCCUUCCUGCUGUCCCACUACUCCCAAGUAUGGCCUUCCUGGCCUUGCCUGCCUGUUGUAUUCGGCAAACUCCUAGUGUCCUCCCAUCCCAGCUUGCUGUGCCCGCCAGCCUGGUAGAUCUGCAGGGCCAGGACCAGGUGGAAUUCAACUCUGACCCCUGAGAACUCAGCUGGACCCUUCCCACAGGAUGGGGCCUAGGGGAGGCCUGAAGAGUGAGUGACUGGGUCAGAUUGCAUGGGGGUCAGCUAUACGGACUAAUGACGGUAUGACUGGAGUUUAUCAGGAACAGAGGGUUAGUUCACUCAGGUUACCCCAGCAUGUGGGUGAAACUGUUUCUGUUGCCACCAGAAGAAAGAGUGCCAUGGAGUGGACAUUUUUACAUUUUUAUAUGCUCUGGUGAGGGAGUCGUUUGGUUCCUUGCCAGGGUACAAUUCACAGAACUCAGCCCUGAGGCCUGUCCCCUGCCAAUUGUCUGAAAUUAGACCUGCAAUUCUGCAACCAAAAGACUGCUUCCUUGGGAACGAAGAAUUUAUUUUAUAAUUGAAAAUGUAUAUCCUUAUAUAGGUUUCUCAAGAGCCAGUGUUGAAAACUACAAAAUGAAACAGAAGAGAAAAAAACAUGGUCACAGAAAGUACAAGCUGUUUGAUUAACAGGAAAGCCAGAAAGAAGACUUUGAAACAUACUUUGAAUGAGACUAUAUUACUGUCUUCUUAUAGGUCACUUGUGCUAUUAGAGAAUGUGAAUGCCUUGUGUCAUUAGGACUGAUAGAAAAAUCAUGAACUGAAAGAUAAUCCCAAAUAAGUUAAAAUGUUAUGUUACAUCAAAAGAACCUGUAACAAAGCUCUUGUUUUCAUCACAAAUAAAGAGAUGUUCAGUUUUUAUUAACAGAAAA